AUGGCGAGUUGGGAAGAGCUCCCGCAAGAGAUCCUAGAACUCAUCGCUGGACGGCUAGCCAUGGAAGACUUUUUAGCUUUUCGAGGGGUGUGCACCUCAUGGCGGUCUGCUGCCGUCAGAGACACGUACAACGCGAAGUCGAAAGCCCCGUGGCUCAUGAUUUAUGUGGGCAACGGAGUAGCCGAGUUCUUCAGCAUCUCUAGAGGGAGAACUCACCAAGUGCGGUUGCCAGGAUCUCGACCCCAGGCCGUGAAUCCAACACGAUGGAUACUCGUGUCGAGGUGGGGCUUCGACCAACGCGUGUCGAGGUGGGGUAAUCAGUACUGCAUCUUCAAUCCGCUCUCGCGGGUCGGCAUCGAACUCCCCGCCUUGACGAAGUUUCGCCACAAGUCGCGUCUUCGUCCGCUAAAGAGGCACCGGUGCAGCGGCUCCAUUAGAAUUCACAGGAUCGCGUUGUCCUCGAGCCCUUCUUCGUCCGGGGACUACACUGUCAUGGUCACUCUCUGUCGGGAUCUUCGAUCACUAGGGUAUGCCCUUCACAGGUCAGGAGAAGAUGCGUGGACGGGAGUGAGCGCGGCCGCGAACCUACCUCGGUCCACCUUCCUUCAACUGAUUCAUUACGACGGGCAAUUCGUGGCCUUGGAUUCGCGCAGCCGAAUCAUGACCCUCGACGAGAGGGAGUGCCGAAUGCAAUUGCGACUCUUUCUUGGGCACAAUUUCGCGGGUUAUCCCUAUCUCGUGGAAUGUUCAGGCGCAUUGCUGGUGGUUUGGAAGAUAUGGGACCAAGAGGAUGGAACCGUAGAAAGCAUCCGAGUUUUUGCAGUGGAUUUGGAGGAGGGAGGUCAGGAAGAGGUCUUAAAUUUGGGGAACGCGGCUCUCUUCUUGAAUGGCAACUCUGCGAUCUCGGCGGAGUUCAAUUCCGAGAGUUGCCUUCCCGGGAUCAAGCCAAACCGUAUCUAUUUCCAUGACAAAGAUAAGAAGAUGCACUAUUACUCCAUGGAAGAUGAAAAAGUCGAGAUAUGUUCCGAUGCACCUAGGGUUUACUUCCAUAGAGCCAUGUGGAUCCAACCAGAUUUUUGA